UCUCUCUCGCCUUGAUGAAGCUGUAGCAUUCGACGAUCGGGUAACGUCUCGGAGCAUCUCUCGCCGGCCAGGUGCCGCGUCGUGUGGACAUUCAUCGUCGCUGCUCCCUCCCCUCUUUCUGUACGCCCGACGGACGCGACCUCGACCGAUGUGCCACUCUACCCAUCAAUUUCCGAUCAGACUCCAUGCGUUCAGCUAGCGGCCCAUCGUUUGAGAGAGAGGCCGCCAAUUGUUCCAGGAUAGCAGUGUUUUUGCGUGUGUGAGAGAAAAGCAAGCUCGGCGCCUGCGUGUCCAACACCCGCCAUGGAAUCGGAAAAUCCUAAUGGGUUCAAGCGGAACUCAAUGCAUCAGGGGUUAUACAGUCGGCCCGUGGAGCGCCGGCCCAGCAAGAAAUCGUCCUCCAAGGAUCGCCACGGCAUGGUCUACCCGGACAGUUUUCGGGACACGGGGAUCAGGACCGUGACGCCGGAUUCCAUGUCAGAAACAGGACAGCCCUCGCCCGCGUCCGACGCGGCGGAUUAUCGGACGGGGAGUUGUGCGGCAUCUCCUCGCUCGGCAACAGCCCGGACGCGGGCCCAUGAGGCCGAGCUGCGCCGCGAGAUCAACCCGUCCAAUCCUCUGGCAAAGGACGAGGACGGAAGACCACCACCGCCACCACCACCACCUCAAGAGUCGACGAGGGGUCAGCGCACCCGCUCGCGAACCACAACGCUGGAGGACCAGCGGACCGAUCCGGCCACCAAGGGCAGCAGAACUCGUCUGGGUUCCGUCACCGCCACAGUCCCCCCCCAAUCCAAGACCACCGACGAUGCCGUAGGGUCGAUCGGCUUCCCGUCCAUCCAGUCGCCCACCUUCUACGGCCAAACACGACAGCGAUUGAGCAAACCUUUACCGGGCAACCCGGCCAUCCUGGCCGGGAUCGCCCAGAACCCCGGUGCGUUGACCGCGCCGCUGUCCAAUGCAGACGCCUCCAAGAUCCUCCACCUGAUGAAAACCACCUGUGGACGAAUGCACGGCAUCCUCUUCUUCCGCACCUCUUCUUCCGCCGCGUGGACAUCCGGCUACUGCGCCAUCAACGUUGCCACGGGCAGCCUUAUUUAUCAGGCCAAGGGCGAGCCUGCCCUGGCCAAGACCCUGGUUCCAGACCUACGGGGCUGCAGAGUGCGGACCCUGUUUGAUCCGGAGCUGCAGGCCUCGUAUCUAAGCGUCUCGACCUUCACUUCAGGCCUGGGAAUCCAGCUGAGGCCGCACGUCAACGAAACCUUUGACUCGUGGCUCGCAGCGCUGCUUUGCUGGCAGCCCAUUCGGCCCAAGGGAGUCCAGAACAAAAUGACCAAGCCCCAGGUCGUCGCCAUCGGAGACCACCGUCUCACGACGGACAAACGGCGAAAUUCCGAGAGCACGGCCCAGAAAGAAGCCGCAAUCAUCAAAGUCGGCAAGAUGCUUCUCUGGGACAAGCCCAGUGCCGCUGGAGCCCGACCAGCCUCCGGUCGGCGGGUCUCGACCUACCGGCAACAGAGGGCUUUGUCUUCCUCGUGGCAAAGGGUGAGCUGUACGCUGCAGGAGAAUGGCCACUUCAGGCUUUUCACCGAGUCGGAUAUCAGUCCAGUCGCGUGCCUGGAGCUCUCCCAUCUAUCCCGAUGUGCGGUACAACAGCUGGAAUCAUCGGUGCUAGAAGACGAAUUCUGUAUCGCCAUCUACCCGCAGUAUGCAGCUCAUUCAGGGUCGGAUUCGGUCUCACGUCCGAUAUAUCUUGCCCUCGAGAGCCGGGUGCUCUUCGAGGUAUGGUUCGUCCUGCUACGAGCCUUUACGAUUCCAGAACUCUAUGGACCAGAGGUUCCCACCACCACCACUUCUAACAAAACAACGACGUCCACGACCACCACCACGACCACGACGACAGAGGAUUCGGGUAAAAAGGAGGCUGCUGCAUCUCCUUCCCCUUCCCCCCCUACAAAGGACAUGUUCCGGAUCGAGCGACUACUCUCCAUUCGCAUCACAGAAGCAAAGAUGCUUCGCUCAAAGGAAGAUACUCCACGGAGUAGAAAACAAUCCCGAUCCCAUGGCCAACCCCUUACGUCAUCUGCGGCCAGCGACUAUUACACAGAAGUAUUGCUGGAUGGCGAAAUCAGAGCGAAAACCACCGUCAAAUAUCGAACUGCGAACCCGUUUUGGCGCGAAGACUUCAUCUUCAAUGAUCUGCCACCGGUUCUCUCCCAGGCAUCCAUCCUGGUAAAGACACCCAACCCGACCCAGAGAGAUUGGUCCUUGAUCUCUCACGGAACCUAUGCCUUUAGCAAAGAGGCCAACGCCCUGAGGAUGUUGGAAGAUCUGGAGAUCUCCUCGCACGAUGCCACGGUUGGACGAGUGGAUGUUCGGCUCGAUGAUUUGGAACCGGGCGUCGAUAUGGAAAAGUGGUGGCCGAUUCUUGAUGAGAGGGACCAGUCGAUGGGUGAAUUGUUCAUGAGGGCCCGGAUGGAAGAGACGGUGGUCCUGAUGUCACAAGAGUAUCAGCCCAUGUCUGAGUUACUCCACUCCUUUAACAACAACCUCACCAUCCACAUGGCCCAUAUCCUGUCCUCCGAACUCAACCAGCUGGCCGAAACCCUCUUGAACAUCUACCAGGUAUCGGGACAAGCGGUCGAGUGGAUCUCCUCCUUGGUGGAAGAUGAGAUUGAUGGCGUUCAUAAAGAAUCGACUGCCAACCGACUGCGGUACACCACGCGGAUCCAUUCCAACGAUUCCAAGGAGUCGGCCAACCAAGACCGAGAGGUCCUUGUCCGGGAUAUGGGGCGAACCGCCACACUCGAAGCCAACCUGCUCUUUCGAGGCAAUUCUGUUCUGACCAAAGCCCUCGAUCUCCAUAUGCGGAGGCUGGGCAAGGAAUAUCUCGAGGAAACCAUUGGCGAGCGACUGCGCGAUAUCGAUGAAAGUGAUCCGGACUGCGAGGUAGACCCGGCUCGUGUCCAUCGCCAAGAUGACCUGGACCGGAACUGGAGGAAUCUCAUCGCCCUGACUACCAAUGUCUGGAAAGCGAUCGCGGGCUCUGCGUCUCGGUGCCCACCUGAGCUCAGGCUUAUCUUCCGACACAUUAGAGCCUGCGCUGAAGAUCGCUAUGGCGACUUCCUGCGUACCGUCACCUACAGCAGUGUGUCUGGCUUCUUGUUCCUGCGAUUCUUCUGCCCUGCUAUUCUCAAUCCGAAACUGUUCGGGCUGCUCAAAGAUCAUCCUCGUCUUCGCGCGCAACGUACUCUUACCCUCAUCGCCAAAGCGUUGCAAGGAUUGGCAAACAUGACGAACUUUGGCAACAAAGAGCCGUGGAUGGAGCCGAUGAACAAGUUCUUGCAGACCAAUCGGUCAGAGUUCAAGCAGUUCGUGGAUCAUAUCUGCGCGAUUCCUGCCGAUCGACCGACCCCGAUUGUGUCCCCGUCGUACGCGACACCGAUCCAGAUCCUUGGAAGGUUACCCGCGACCUCGCGGGAAGGGUUUCCCAGUCUCCCGUUUCUGAUCGACCACGCCCGAAGCUUUGCAAACCUCACGGCCAUCUGGCUAGAGGCUGCUCCAGAGCGAUUAGACGAGCUCGACGAGAUUUACCCGGCAGUCAAGAAUUUCCACGAGCUGGCGCUCAGUCUGCGCCAACGCACUCGGGAAUGCAUGAGUGGCGCAGAACCGGCCGAGCGGCCGAGCGGCAGCCUGGAACUCAAGUGGGAGGAACUGGUGGACUCGAUGGAAAAAUCGGCGGCGACCGAGGCGACCGCUCACGAAGACGGGUCCUCCAGCAGCAAGCCGACGACACCCGGUACCGAGACGAGAGCGACGAUGCCACCCGCCUCGGUGACGACCUCAGCUUCGGUGACGACCAGCCACCGCAACUCGAUAGGCUACUUUUCACACCGGCCGUCGCUCCCUCGUCGAUCCACGGACUACGCUCCAGAAGGCGAUGACGACACCCCGCCGAGCUCCUCCUCUGCGACCUGGGACCAGAGCCGUGUCCCCUUCACGAUCCCGCGCUGGUCAGACCCCCGAGACAGCACGAGCAGCUCGAAGAACUCGUCAACCUACUCGCUCGAUUACUCCGAGACUUCCAAGGCUGCUCGCCGGUCUAGUGUCUCCCGUGAGUCUUCUAGCAAAUACCGCUUCUUCGACUUUGUCCCGGCGCCCUCGAGACGCAAAGCCAAGGACCGCGAACAGGCCCAACACCAGUCGCGUGAAGAGCUGCGUAACGAAUUCUAGCAACUACCGAAAUAGGGGGGCGAUGCAUAUUCUCUUCGGAAAUACUCUAUUUCUUGCCCCCUUGUUUUUUCUUUCUUUCUUGGUUUUCAUCAUUUUGCCUAGCUGCAGAACUCCUUCACUUUAUUCUAUCCAA